GUUACCUUGUUGUAGAUGUUGAUAAAUGAGAAGAAACGUUGUGUGUGUCUGCAGGGCUCCCAGACGUCCACGUUCCUAGAGAGUUGUGGGAUUGCUGACCUGGUGACAACAUGUUAUGGAGGGAGGAACCGCAGGGUGGCUGAAGCCUUCGUAACCAGUGGAAAGACAAUAGAUGAGCUAGAGCAGGAGAUGUUGAAUGGACAGAAGAUCCAGGGACCCCCCACAGCUAAGGAGGUGUACCAUCUUCUUAAGGAAAAGAACUGUGAAGAUCAGUUUCCUCUGUUUGUGGCCAUUCACAAGAUCUGCUAUGAAGGGAUGCCCGUUAAAGACUUCAUCUCCUGCCUGAAGAACCAUCCUGAACACAUGUAAACAGGCACCAACUAUUGGACACAGUGGACGAGGUGCCCACAGCUUGUACAGGGUGUUUUUUUAGCACAACAACAAACAACAAGCAAAUAAACAACAACAACAAAGCGUGUUGAGAACAGCAAACGCAAAAGUUAAACGAUGAACACACAUCGAUCUUUACCAACUGGUCGUUCCAUCUGUCUGGUCUUGAAGUGUAUUAAAAAAAGUGUAUUAAAAAAAGCAUGCAUGAAAUUCUGAGUUGCCAAAAGCAAAAAUGAGACCUUUAAAUGUGUUGUUUUCUUCGUGUAGGAUGAACGUUUAGUUACGUAUUGGACGUAUUGGUUUUAGGUGCCCUAGGCUGGUGUUACAUACAUGUAUCAUUUUAUGGUGUUGUGUGGUCUAUCUGAGCUAUUCUACAAGUGGCUACAACUUAGUUUUAGAGGUAUCAAAUCUGUGUUUGACGGCAAACCAUGCAGCACCUCUGUAGUAGGGUGUGAAUGAGGAUUUUACAGAAGGGAACAUGGUUUUAAGAGUUAUGAAGCAAGUUUGAACUGUAAUUUCCAACACAACAAAUUGGACUCACCCAAAUUUUCGACUGUACAACUUACUGCAGUCUUUGUCAAGGAAUGAACAAUCCACCGCUUCCGUGACGUCACACAGAUAACACACGUGACUCUGUGAGCAGUGGAUCUAUGUUUUAACAUGUUGUGUACAUAACUUGGUGGGAGCUUCUUGAAUUAAAUAUGGUUUCCAUAAUGACACAGUCAAGCUUUCUUUGUUUUGUGAUUGCCAUAACAUCACAGUAUGCCAAGUUUUGUUCCCUACAUGUACCUUUGUGCUCUACUUUAGAAUUCAUAGGAAGUUAAAUUAUGAUCAUAAUACAUUACUGUAUUACCAAGCUUGUACUACAGUGUACCUGACUGUAUGAACUCUAUCUAUGAGACUUCAAGAGUAAAAUGCUUACAAUAAGUGCUGUGUACCGCUUCACUGGACUUGGAUCCGGACUUGUAAGAAUGUUUAGGUUAAAGUAAAAAAAAACCUAAAAG